AAUCUAUGGGAGGUAAGCCCGGAACCCCACGAGGGCCGGGGAAAUGAAAAGGAAGCAUGCAUGGCCCAUCUCUCGACGUCCCUCACGCUUAUUCUAUCUUGUGUACAUCAUCCCUGCCCGGUCUUGCUCUGUCUGUCUUCCACCCCUCCCACACCCCUUCUGCGGGGGUUUGUAACCCCCCGGCGAGACACACACCACCCUCUUCCACGGAACGGGUUCAAUGGCACUCUGACGGUCGAUUAGAACCAUGUUUUUUGGUUUUGACUGGGACGAGGGAGAAGGUCCUAUAAGUCCCCUAGUGCACGGGACUCAGAGGAGCUGGAAAAAGAAUGACGGGGCAGCAGCUCAUAGAUACCAGGCGGCGAUGAGAGUCCGUGGAGCGUGCAAUGACCUGUCAUCUACUCAAAGAAGCAAAAUCCUUCUCAACGCGGCUCCAGGCAGGAGGGCAAGCCCGAUCGUCCAGUACCCCAUAUCUCGGGUCGCUAGCCGCCCAAGAGCAUAGAGAUUAUCCUAAAGGCGCCCCGGCGCGCGGCUACAUCUCCUAUCCUGCUGUUGUCUGCUUCUCCGACCCUUCUCUGAAACCCACGGCUCCCCCUCCCUCCCGAGGCGGCCGCGCGGUGGGGCCUGGGAGGUCGAGUGGCCUCGUGGCAAGCCGCCGGGGGUGGGCUGAGGGGCAGGGCGGUCUAAAUUACGAUGCCAGGGGCACUGCUCACCUUUCAGCAGCUUGCAAAGGUCUGACGAAUGCUUACAGGACGUGUAUCAAACACCGAGCAGAAGCGUGAUUUACCAAUACUUGCAGGCGCCGACGGGGAUGCCUUGCUUCUUUUCUGUGUCUAGGUACUAUAGUAAAGGUGUAUUGGAAACAUUGGAAAUACAGCCAAGGAUCCGUCAUGGAUUCUGUAGCCUAGCAAGUGGAUGGCGGGCACCGUCGUCUGUUUCCGCGUGGCCUUCCUGCCAUUGUAUCACUCCCCCGCGCCCGACAUAACAGAAAAAUCAGUGUACCCAAUAGCCACAACGGGUGAUAUCAUCGUCAUUAUGUCUAUUAUCAUAUUAUAACCCUCUACGUUUGUUUUUUGGUUGAACGGUGGGCCUCCUUUUUGUCCCGGAUCGUGACACAUUGGAUUUCGCAGUUAUCGCACCGCCUGUGGUUGCAGUUGAAGUUGAUGCAGUUGUCAUUCAACUUACAGUCGGCGUCCCAUUUACAUGUGCA